AUGAAAAAAAAGCAGCUCACGGGCAAAUGGAAACAACUGGGCACACACACCGAGCUGUUCGAAUGGGCAGCGUCACGAUUGUGCACGACAAAAGACGAAUUUGACGCUGUUGGCGAACGAGAACUUGUGGUACUUCAGGUUUUUGAGUCCACGGAGGUGAACAAAACAAAAGAGGCUUCUUUUGGUAUGGUCCUGAGCUGCAAGAAGAUUUUGCGUAAUUUUCUUACGGCUGCUGCUUACGGAGACCCAGUUUCGAUCUCUUGCGACGGCACUUAUCGGUUAACAGACGCUGGUUGGACUUUGAUUAAUCUCGGUGUAGUUGGUGUGAUUUACGAUGAAAAGGAACGCCAGUUCCACCAGCGAUUUUACCCCUGUGCCGUUAUUCGAGUCUGUGAAUCGCUGCGUCUAUAA